AUUUAUCCUCUGCUCGCUGCUGGUUUGAGCAUUGCAGAGCCUGUGAUCUGUCUGGACCUGGCUGGAGCUGGCUGAUGACGGGGAAGUUAAGGCGCUGAAGUGGAGUGAGGAUAGUCGGGAAUCUCAGAUAAUCAGAUUUGAGUCCACUGUCCUGGCAUGGGGGACAUGAAGACCCCCGAUUUUGAUGACUUAUUGGCAGCAUUUGAUAUUCCUGAUAUCGAUGCCAAAGAGGCCAUUCAGUCAGCACCAGAAGAGGUGGAGGGGCACCAGGGAUCAAGCAGUGGGUCCAUCGCAAAAUCCAGCGAGAGCGGAGUUGGCGGAAGUUCCACCCUCAGAGCCCCCAGCCCGGCCACUGACUCACAGAGCGACCCCUCUAUUGUUAGUGUUAUUGUAAAGAAUCGGGUGCGUAGUGAAGCCUUUGAAGGUGGUGAUGUACCAGUGUCGGAACCACUCAACCAUAAUGGAUUUGUGUCCUCAGGUGGGGCAGGUCAUCUGUCUCAGUCCCGAAACCAGCCAAACGGGGAGCAGUGGCCUCUGUGUGGCUCCAAAGUGACUCCGGACACCACGGGGUCAGUGCUUGGAUGUGCUAACACCUCCAAACAGAGUAGCAACAUCUUCAACAAGCUAAAGCCUCUGAUGGCACAGGGGACUGGAGACCCUGUUGGUAGGGCCAGAAGGAUGCAGAUGCUGCAGCAACAGCAGCACGCACAGCAGGAAAUAGGAUUAGAGGGAACUGACAAGACAAAGAGCGCUGCUGUUCCUGGGGGCACGAGUGGAGUGGCUUCUCCUUUCUUCCCCCCUCCCAAACCAUACCUCCCAAAUUCCUCCACGGUUCCUUCUUCAUCACCCUCAUCAGCCUCUCCUUCAGUUGGAUCUCGUGUGUCAGGGGCUGUUGCCUCAUCACCACUUGCUACAAGUUUGACAGAACCAUUUAAUGGCACUCCACGCCACAGUUCAUCAGAGUUUAGGCGUAUGGACUCAGAGGAGGAAGAUUCGGAUCCGGAUUCUGGGGGGUCACUGGUCAUUCAAGAAAGUCCAGGCUCUCCCACCUCCCCAAAACGUUCACGCAGACUUAAGUCUCCCGCAGAGAGUUCAGAGUCCCCGUCACUUCCCCGCUCAGCACCCAUGUCUUCAGCUGCUUACCCCAAACCAGGGGACAUCCCCUUGGCCUCACCCGCAUCCCCUCAGGUGCAGAACUGGCUUUCUUCACCUGUUCAGACAGGGAAUGUUAAGAGCCCACCCCCAGAAGAGCGAAAUCCAGAGCAUGUCAUUGAGGAACGUGAUUCACCAGAAAGUCCAGAGCCUGAGAUCCCCAAAGUUUCAGUAACAAUGCCUGCAGCUUCCAAAAAGUCUUCCAGCCCAGCACUGAUUGCUUCUUCCCCACCUGCAGGCCUCCGAGAACCUAAAGAGGAAGAAGAGGAGAUGGAAGUGGCCAAACCAGUAAAUGAAGAGAAUGGUGAUACAGCUAAUUUAGGUCAGGACAAUGGACAAAAAGAGGAAGGAAAAAUGGAGGUGGAAGAUGAGAAUAUUUCUACCCAGUGCCUCACAAUUGCUAAUAGCAGUGGAGGCGCUGCAGCUGAUGGUGACAUAUCCUCCAGGCCUCUUAAAGUCAGAAUAAAGACCAUUAAAACCUCCACAGGAAGCAUCACUCGAACAGUUACCCGUGUGGCAGGGAAAGGAGCUGCAGGUAAAGGCACAGAUGGCACAAAAGUGCAACCAGAAGGUCAGACAGUCAACGCGAACAAAGCCCAAAGAGCUGAACCCACUGGUCGUAUGGUAAAAGGUUCCACCCUGCCUGUGUCCACUUUGGAAGCGAGCAGUGCCAUGCUGGCUGCAGCAAGCAAAGCUCAAAACAAAAGCUCUGUGUCCUCUGACAAGACCAAGGUCUCUGCCACAGCUGUCAGCAUUACGAAAGCUGCCAACCUGCCGGUGACACCUACAGUUAGUGGUAUUAGUGUGCGUGCCACUUCUGGCAGGGCGACUAACGGAGGUACGCCUAAUGUUCACAUUCCUUGCAAGCCAGCCUCUAUUGUCAACAGCACAGGGGCUGUUAUUUCCCGGAGCCAGUCAAGCCUAGUCGAAGCCUUCAACAAGAUCCUGAACAGCAAGAAUCUGCUGCCUAGCUACCGCCCCGAUCUCUCUACCCCACCGCCACCCGAGUGGGGUCUCCCCAUGCCCGCUACAGGCUACCGCUGCCUAGAGUGCGGGGAUGCCUUUGCUCUGGAGCGCAGUCUGGCACGUCACUACGAUAGGCGCUCCCUACGAAUCGAGGUAACCUGUAAUCACUGCGCAAAGCGCCUGGCCUUCUUUAAUAAGUGCAGUCUGCUGCUGCAUGCUCGGGAGCAUAAAGAAAGAGGACUGGUUAUGCAGUGCUCACACCUGGUCAUGAGACCAGUAACUGUGGAGCAGAUGAUUGGCCAGCAGGACACCACACCAAUUGGUAUGCUCUCGCCUCCACUUUCUUCUCCAUCUUUGUCAACUCCCUCUAACCAAUCAGGAACACCCUCAAUCCCUUCCACCCCAAGUCCACUAAAAGAGUCUCCCUCACAAGGCCCGGUUGCUUCCCAGACCAGUCCAGCUCGCCGUGGGCCUCAGAGUCCUCAUGUCCUAAUGCCUCUUCCCUGCAAGAAGGGUGAGGUUCUGCAGUACAACAAUUUUAAAUGCCCUGAAUGCCAGACUCAGUUUGCAGGCAAGGCUGAGCUAGUCGCCCACUUCCAGCAAAUCCGCGCGACCCCUAAUUCAACCUGUAUGCUUUGCUCCCCACCAAUGAUGCUGCCUAACGGGUGCAGUGUGUCAGCUCACCAGCGAAUACAUAAGCACCGGGCUCCCCAUGUGUGUCCUGAGUGUGGUGGCAUUGCUCGUCAGGCCAGCUUUAAGACUCAUCUAGAGGAGGCCUGUCUUCACUUUGCAAGGCGCAUCGGCUACAGAUGCUCCAGCUGUCAGGUGGUGUUUGGUGGCCUGAACUCCAUCAAAUCUCACAUUCAGACUGCUCACUGCGAAGUGUUCCACAAGUGUCCACAUUGCCCAAUGGCCUUCAAAUCAGCCCCCAGUGCCCAGGGUCAUAUCAGCACCCAGCACCCCACCCUCAGUGCUGCUCAGGCCAAGAUGAUUUACAAGUGUGUGAUGUGCGACACAGUCUUUACCCAGAAACCUUUGCUGUAUAUGCAUUUUGACACUCACCUGGCCAAGCAGAAAGUGCAUGUUUUCAAGUGUCCAGACUGCACCAAGUUAUAUGCUCAGAAGGGUUCUAUGAUGGAGCACAUCAAGACUGCUCAUAGAGGCCUGUCAGGCAAAGCAGAGGCUCCGCCCAGUGCCUCGUCUCCUGUCUCAGCCUCGAGUGCAAACACCACUGCGAGAAAGCAAGGACAAGGUGACGGGGAGGAAGAAGAGAAAGAAGAGGAAGGAGAGGAAAGAGAAAAUGAAGAGGAGGAGGAAGAAGACAAUGAUGAGGAAGAUCAGCCCAGUUCUCCGGACAGUGGGAGCAGCAUGGAGUGGAGAUGCAGGGAGUGCAAGACACGAUACACUGAGAGAGAUGAUUACAUUGACCACAUGAAGAAUGAGCACGGCACGUCGAUAAAGAAAUUUCCAUGUCGGAUGUGUGAGCGCUCCUUUAGCUCGGCCAACAGCCUCCGUCGCCAUGUCCGUGUCAUUCAUGAGGGUGUCAAGAGAGUCUUCCAAUGCCAGUACUGUUCAGAGGGCAAACGGACCUUCAGCAGUCGCCUGAUACUGGAGAAGCACAUCCGAGUCAGACACGGCAUCCGAACUAGACAGGCAAUAGAGAAGCGGAAUACGCCAAACACAAGAAAACGCUCAGCACCAGGCGACGGAGCAGGAAGCUCCUCUGAGGUUGACUACGAGGGCGGAGCUUCCUCCGUCGGAGGAGGGGCUGAUGUGCCAGACACCGGAGGGGAAGAGACGACGAGUCCGGCCAAACGAACCCGUUCCUGUGAGAAGGAAGAGGAAGCAGAAGAGGAGGAGGGUGGUUUUCGCUGUGCUCCAUGCGGAUUCAGCACACUAGACCGGGGCGAGUUCCAGCAGCACAUUCUGAAGCACCGUGACAGCGAGUCGGCAUCAAUGCAGUGUGUGCAGUGCGGAGCCUGCUUCGCUUCGGCUGCCUCGCUAAGCCGUCACCGCUUCAUCACACACAAAUUAAGGCAGGAUCAACAGGACAGCCACCACACAUCACACACACCCAAACCCGGAGAGGAGGAGAAGGGUGAAGAGGAGGGCGAGGGCAGCAUGAGCUGCAGGGUGUGCGGCCGCCGCUUUGACAAGGCCUCGGACCUAAACACACACUUCCGCACACACGGCAUGGCCUUCAUCAGUGCACACAAGACAGAUAAGGUUGUGUGAGGAAAGGUACUGAGAACAGGGGGAAGAAAAAAGUGAAAAAGCAGUGGAAAAGGAAGGUGAACAGCUCUUUGUCCCAUGGGCAGCUCUUUUGUCCAGUCAAAGGAGUAGGCAGGUGCACUGAUGUCCAGUUUCGCAGCAUUCAUACACACACAUUAUAUUUUAUUGUUCAACACACAUAAACAGUGUUAACUGCUGAAAAAUAAAUAUUGUUAACACAGUUAAUACAUAUGAUAAAGACACUAAUAUAGUACAGUCAGGCAUUUUUGUAAUUUGCAAUAAACAGUCAGUCUAAUAAAUGUUGUCAGUAAAAGACGGCAAAAGUCUUGGUUGAAUCAGUAAUAUGAUUCAGAGAGAAAAGUAUGAAGGGAAAAAAUCACAUUUAAAAUUCAGAUUUUGUAAUCCCUUCUUCACAGAUAUGUAUUGUGGUUAUAUUAUAUUGGCCAGUCCUUUUAUCUGUCAAACCAACAUUCUCGACCACACAAAACACACAUUCUCUCUCAUUAUUGAUUAUUAAUCCCGAGACUACAUUCACACAGGGUCACAGAGGUGUUCACCGUUUUGAGAUCAGUUGUUACAAUUGGAGCUGUUCAUUUGCAGCACAUUUUCUGUUCCAAAACCAGAAUUGGAGCUCAAAUUCCCAACAUAGCAUUAAAAGUAAAUAAGGGUGCUAAUGAAGCCUUUUCCUGUUUGUAUAAAAACACUGAGCUGUAGUAAUGAUAUGGUAUCAGCAUUGUAUUAUUGAUAUUUAUUUAUAUGAAUUGUUCGUACUGAUUGUGAGUCUUCUGAAAACUUUUUUUGCGAGACAAAUUGUGUAAGUGAAAAUUAUGGUUGUUGAUGUCAAAAACGUGAGGAUCCUGUGGAUAUGUCAAGAAAAGAGCUCCUAAGGUAGUAAAGUAUAAGAUUUGUAAAGUGCAAAUGGUUUAAUAGUCACAUGGUCAAUGGUUCACACGUGUUAAUCGGACCGAACAGGAUCUCGCCACAACCACAUAAUUAAGAUGUGUAUAAACGGAGCGUGUUUAAAGUUUGCUCUGGUUUUGUUUAGAAAACGUGAACAAGUUCAGUCUUUUGUAUUUGUCUUUUUCUUUCCUUAGCUGAUUUCAGAUACCCAUAAUGUAAAAAUAUCAUUUAUGCCUGAGGAGCUGGGUGUAUUUUUUAUGAAUUUAUUGUAAUUAAAAAUCAGAUGUUGAGUGUAAUGGAUGCCGAAACAUUUUAUUACACACCAAUACAAAUGUUUUUUUUUCUUUAACUGUAGUCUUUUUCUAUCAAAUGUGUCUAUGCUUGUUAAAUGCCAUGUUUCUUAAAAAUGCAUUAUCAAUUAUAGUGUGAUCUUGUGAGACAUCUGAAUGUGAGAGUGUCUAAGUUUAGUCACAUAUGUCCUUUACGUAAGGUUGAAUAUCCAUCAUCUGGUGAACUUGCAUCUGCCUGCUUCACUGCCAUACAGUUUGCGUCAGUUCUACUUUAUUGUUUCUGAAUAAAGUGGCAAAUUGUUACAGUA